AUGGACGUGGACAUGGACGUGGACGUGGACGUGGACGUGGACGUGGACGUGGACGUGGACAUGGACGUGGACGUGGACGUGGACAUGGACAUGGACGUGGACAUGGACGUGGACGUGGACGUGGACGUGGACGUGGACGUGGACGUGGACGUGGACGUGGACGUGGACGUGGACGUGGACGUGGACGUGGACGUGGACGUGGACGUGGACAUGGACGUGGACGUGACGUGGACGUGGACGUGGACGUGGACGUGGACGUGGACGUGGACGUGGACGUGGACGUGGACGUGGACGUGGACGUGGACGUGGACGUGGACAUGGACGUGGACGUGGACGUGGACGUGGACGUGGACGUGGACGUGGACGUGGACGUGGACGUGGACGUGGACGUGGACGUGGACGUGGACGUGGACGUGGACGUGGACGUGGACGUGGACGUGGACGUGGACGUGGACGUGGACGUGGACGUGGACGUGGACGUGGACGUGGACGUGGACGUGGACGUGGACGUGGACGUGGACGUGGACGUGGACAUGGACGUGGACGUGGACAUGGACGUGGACAUGGACGUGGACGUGGACUGGACGUGGACGUGGACGUGGACGUGGAGUGGACGUGGACGUGGACGUGGACGUGGACGUGGACGUGGACGUGGACGUGGACGUGGACGUGGACGUGGACGUGGACAUGGACGUGGACGUGGACAUGGACGUGGACGUGGACGUGGACGUGGACAUGGACGUGGACGUGGACAUGGACGUGGACGUGGACGUGGACGUGGACGUGGACAUGGACGUGGACGUGGACGUGGACGUGGACGUGGACGUGGACGUGGACGUGGACGUGGACGUGGACAUGGACGUGGACGUGGACAUGGACGUGGACGUGGACGUGGACGUGGACAUGGACGUGGACACGUGGACAUGGACGUGGACGUGGACGUGGACGUGGACGUGGACGUGGACGUGGACGUGGACGUGGACGUGGACGUGGACGUGGACAUGGACGUGGACAUGGACGUGGACGUGGACGUGGACGUGGACAUGGACGUGGACGUGGACAUGGACGUGGACGUGGACGUGGACGUGGACAUGGACGUGGACGUGGACGUGGACGUGGACGUGGACGUGGACGUGGACUGGACGUGGACGUGGACGUGGACGUGGACGUGGACGUGGACGUGGACGUGGACGUGGACGUGGACGUGGACAUGGACGUGGACGUGGACAUGGACGUGGACAUGGACGUGGACAUGGACGUGGACAUGGACGUGGACAUGGACGUGGACGUGGACAUGGACGUGGACGUGGACAUGGACGUGGACGUGGACAUGGACGUGGACAUGGACGUGGACAUGGACGUGGACGUGGACAUGGACGUGGACAUGGACGUGGACGUGGACAUGGACGUGGACGUGGACGUGGACGUGGACGUGGACGUGGACGUGGACGUGGACGUGGACAUGGACGUGGACGUGGACGUGGACGUGGACGUGGACGUGGACGUGGACGUGGACAUGGACGUGGACGUGGACAUGGACGUGGACAUGGACGUGGACGUGGACAUGGACGUGGACGUGGACAUGGACGUGGACGUGGACGUGGACGUGGACGUGGACGUGGACGUGGACAUGGACGUGGACGUGGACGUGGACAUGGACGUGGACGUGGACAUGGACGUGGACGUGGACGUGGACGUGGACGUGGACGUGGACGUGGACGUGGACGUGGACGUGGACAUGGACGUGGACGUGGACGUGGACGUGGACGUGGACGUGGACGUGGACUGGACGUGGACGUGGACGUGGACGUGGACGUGGACGUGGACGUGGACGUGGACAUGGACGUGGACGUGGACGUGGACGUGGACGUGGACGUGGACGUGGACGUGGACAUGGACGUGGACGUGGACGUGGACAUGGACGUGGACGUGGACAUGGACGUGGACGUGGACGUGGACGUGGACGUGGACGUGGACGUGGACGUGGACGUGGACAUGGACGUGGACGUGGACGUGGACGUGGACGUGGACGUGGACGUGGACGUGGACGUGGACGUGGACGUGGACGUGGACGUGGACGUGGACGUGGACGUGGACAUGGACGUGGACGUGGACAUGGACGUGGACGUGGACGUGGACAUGGACAUGGACGUGGACAUGGACGUGGACGUGGACAUGGACGUGGACGUGGACAUGGACAUGGACGUGGACAUGGACGUGGACGUGGACGUGGACAUGGACGUGGACGUGGACAUGGACGUGGACGUGGACAUGGACGUGGACGUGGACGUGGACGUGGACGUGGACGUGGACGUGGACAUGGACGUGGACGUGGACGUGGACGUGGAGAUGGACGUGGACGUGGACGUGGACAUGGACGUGGACGUGACGUGGACAUGGACGUGGACGUGGACGUGGACGUGGACGUGGACGUGGACGUGGACGUGGACGUGGACGUGGACGUGGACAUGGACGUGGACGUGGACGUGGACGUGGACAUGGACGUGGACGUGGACGUGGACGUGGACAUGGACAUGGACGUGGACGUGGACGUGGACGUGGACAUGGACGUGGACGUGGACGUGGACGUGGACGUGGACGUGGACGUGGACGUGGACGUGGACGUGGACAUGGACGUGGACAUGGACGUGGACUUGGACGUGGACAUGGACGUGGACAUGGACGUGGACGUGGACGUGGACGUGGACGUGGACGUGGACGUGGACGUGGACGUGGACGUGGACGUGGACGUGGACGUGGACGUGGACGUGGACGUGGACGUGGACGUGGAUGGACGUGGACGUGGACGUGGACGUGGACGUGGACGUGGACGUGGACGUGGACGUGGACGUGGACGUGGACGUGGACGUGGACGUGGACGUGGACGUGGACGUGGACGUGGACGUGGACGUGGACGUGGACGUGGACGUGGACGUGGACGUGGACGUGGACGUGGACGUGGACAUGGACGUGGACAUGGACGUGGACGUGGACGUGGACAUGGACGUGGACGUGGACAUGGACGUGGACGUGGACGUGGACGUGGACGUGGACGUGGACGUGGACGUGGACGUGGACGUGGACGUGGACGUGGACAUGGACGUGGACGUGGACGUGGACGUGGACAUGGACGUGGACGUGGACGUGGACAUGGACGUGGACGUGGACGUGGACGUGGACGUGGACGUGGACGUGGACGUGGACGUGGACGUGGACGUGGACGUGGACGUGGACGUGGACGUGGACAUGGACGUGGACGUGGACGUGGACGUGGACAUGGACGUGGACGUGGACGUGGACGUGGACGUGGACAUGGACGUGGACGUGGACGUGGACGUGGACUGGACGUGGACGUGGACGUGGACGUGGACUGGACGUGGACGUGGACAUGGACGUGGACGUGGACAUGGACGUGGACGUGGACGUGGACGUGGACGUGGACAUGGACGUGGACGUGGACGUGGACGUGGACAUGGACGUACGUGGACGUGGACGUGGACGUGGACAUGGACAUGGACGUGGACGUGGACGUGGACGUGGACAUGGACGUGGACGUGGACGUGGACGUGGACGUGGACGUGGACGUGGACGUGGACGUGGACGUGGACGUGGACGUGGACGUGGACGUGGACGUGGACGUGGACGGACGUGGACGUGGACGUGGACGUGGACAUGGACGUGGACGUGGACGUGGACGUGGACAUGGACGUGGACGUGGACGUGGACGUGGACGUGGACGUGGACGUGGACGUGGACGUGGACAUGGACGUGGACGUGGACAUGGACGUGGACGUGGACAUGGACGUGGACGUGGACAUGGACGUGGACGUGGACGUGGACAUGGACGUGGACGUGGACAUGGACGUGGACGUGGACGUGGACGUGGACGUGGACGUGGACGUGGACGUGGACGUGGACAUGGACGUGGACGUGGACGUGGACGUGGACAUGGACGUGGACGUGGACGUGGACAUGGACGUGGACGUGGACGUGGACAUGGACGUGGACGUGGACGUGGACGUGGACGUGGACGUGGACGUGGACGUGGACGUGGACGUGGACGUGGACAUGGACGUGGACGUGGACGUGGACGUGGACAUGGACGUGGACGUGGACGUGGACGUGGACAUGGACGUGGACGUGGACGUGGACGUGGACGUGGACGUGGACGUGGACGUGGACGUGGACGUGGACGUGGACGUGGACGUGGACGUGGACGUGGACGUGGACAUGGACGUGGACAUGGACGUGGACGUGGACGUGGACGUGGACGUGGACGUGGACGUGGACGUGGACGUGGACGUGGACGUGGACGUGGACGUGGACGUGGACGUGGACGUGGACGUGGACGUGGACGUGGACGUGGACGUGGACGUGGACGUGGACGUGGACGUGGACAUGGACGUGGACAUGGACGUGGACAUGGACGUGGACGUGGACGUGGACGUGGACGUGGACGUGGACGUGGACAUGGACGUGGACGUGGACGUGGACGUGGACGUGGACGUGGACGUGGACGUGGACGUGGACGUGGACGUGGACGUGGACGUGGACGUGGACGUGGACGUGGACGUGGACGUGGACGUGGACGUGGACGUGGACGUGGACGGGGACGUGGACGUGGACGUGGACGUGGACGUGGACGUGGACGUGGACGUGGACAUGGACGUGGAAUGGACGUGGACGUGGACGUGGACGUGGACGUGGACGUGGACGUGGACAUGGACGUGGACGUGGACGUGGACGUGGACAUGGACGUGGACGUGGACGUGGACGUGGACUGGACGUGGACGUGGACGUGGACAUGGACGUGGACGUGGACAUGGACGUGGACGUGGACGUGGACGUGGACGUGGACGUGGACGUGGACGUGGACGUGGACGUGGACGUGGACGUGGACGUGGACGUGGACGUGGACAUGGACGUGGACGUGGACGUGGACGUGGACAUGGACGUGGACGUGGACGUGGACGUGGACGUGGACAUGGACGUGGACGUGGACGUGGACGUGGACGUGGACGUGGACGUGGACGUGGACGUGGACUGGACGUGGACGUGGACAUGGACGUGGACGUGGACAUGGACGUGGACGUGGACGUGGACGUGGACGUGGACAUGGACGUGGACGUGGACGUGGACAUGGACAUGGACGUGGACGUGGACGUGGACGUGGACGUGGACAUGGACAUGGACGUGGACGUGGACGUGGACGUGGACAUGGACGUGGACGUGGACGUGGACGUGGACGUGGACGUGGACGUGGACGUGGACAUGGACGUGGACGUGGACGUGGACGUGGACGUGGACGUGGACAUGGACGUGGACGUGGACAUGGACGUGGACGUGGACGUGGACGUGGACAUGGACGUGGACGUGGACAUGGACGUGGACGUGGACGUGGACGUGGACGUGGACGUGGACGUGGACGUGGACGUGGACGUGGACGUGGACAUGGACGUGGACGUGGACGUGGACGUGGACGUGGACGUGGACGUGGACGUGGACGUGGACGUGGACAUGGACGUGGACGUGGACGUGGACAUGGACGUGGACGUGGACAUGGACGUGGACGUGGACGUGGACGUGGACGUGGACGUGGACGUGGACGUGGACGUGGACGUGGACGUGGACGUGGACAUGGACGUGGACAUGGACGUGGACGUGGACGUGGACGUGGACAUGGACAUGGACGUGGACGUGGACGUGGACGUGGACGUGGACGUGGACGUGGACGUGGACGUGGACGUGGACGUGGACGUGGACAUGGACGUGGACGUGGACGUGGACGUGGACGUGGACAUGGACGUGGACGUGGACGUGGACAUGGACGUGGACGUGGACGUGGACGUGGACGUGGACGUGGACGUGGACGUGGACGUGGACAUGGACGUGGACGUGGACGUGGACGUGGACGUGGACGUACGUGGACGUGGACGUGGACGUGGACGUGGACGUGGACGUGGACGUGGACGUGGACGUGGACGUGGACGUGGACGUGGACAUGGACGUGGACGUGGACGUGGACGUGGACGUGGACGUGGACAUUGGACGUGGACGUGGACGUGGACAUGGACGUGGACGUGGACGUGGACAUGGACGUGGACGUGGACAUGGACGUGGACGUGGACGUGGACGUGGACGUGGACGUGGACGUGGACAUGGACGUGGACGUGGACGUGGACAUGGACGUGGACGUGGACGUGGACGUGGACGUGGACGUGGACGUGGACAUGGACGUGGACGUGGACGUGGACGUGGACGUGGACGUGGACAUGGACGUGGACAUGGACGUGGACAUGGACGUGGACGUGGACGUGGACGUGGACAUGGACGUGGACGUGGACGUGGACGUGGACGUGGACGUGGACGUGGACGUGGACGUGGACGUGGACGUGGACGUGGACGGACGUGGACGUGGACAUGGACGUGGACGUGGACGUGGACGUGGACGUGGACGUGGACGUGGACGUGGACAUGGACGUGGACGUGGACGUGGACGUGGACGUGGACGUGGACGUGGACGUGGACGUGGACGUGGACGUGGACGUGGACGUGGACGUGGACUGGACGUGGACUUGGACGUGGACGUGGACGUGGACGUGGACGUGGACAUGGACGUGGACGUGGACGUGGAACUGGACGUGGACGUGGACGUGGACAUGGACAUGGACGUGGACGUGGACGUGGACGUGGACGUGGACGUGGACGUGGACGUGGACGUGGACAUGGACGUGGACAUGGACGUGGACGUGGACGUGGACGUGGACGUGGACGUGGACGUGGACGUGGACAUGGACGUGGACGUGGACGUGGACAUGGACGUGGACGUGGACGUGGACGUGGACGUGGACGUGGACGUGGACAUGGACGUGGACGUGGACGUGGACGUGGACGUGGACGUGGACAUGGACGUGGACGUGGACGUGGACGUGGACGUGGACAUGGACGUGGACGUGGACAUGGACGUGGACGUGGACGUGGACGUGGACAUGGACGUGGACGUGGACGUGGACGUGGACGUGGACGUGGACGUGGACGUGGACGUGGACGUGGACGUGGACGUGGACGUGGACGUGGACGUGGACGUGGACUGACGUGGACGUGGACGUGGACGUGGACAUGGACGUGGACGUGGACGUGGACAUGGACGUGGACGUGGACGUGGACGUGGACGUGGACGUGGACAUGGACGUGGACGUGGACGUGGACGUGGACGUGGACGUGGACGUGGACGUGGACGUGGACGUGGACGUGGACGUGGACAUGGACGUGGACGUGGACAUGGACGUGGACGUGGACGUGGACGUACGGACAUGGACGUGGAAUGGACGUGGACGUGGACGUGGACAUGGACGUGGACGUGGACGUGGACGUGGACGUGGACGUGGACGUGGACGUGGACAUGGACGUGGACAUGGACGUGGAAUGGACGUGGACGUGGACGUGGACGUGGACGUGGACGUGGACAUGGACGUGGACGUGGACAUGGACGUGGACGUGGACGUGGACGUGGACAUGGACGUGGACGUGGACGUGGACGUGGACGUGGACGUGGACGUGGACAUGGACGUGGACGUGGACGUGGACGUGGACGUGGACGUGGACGUGGACAUGGACGUGGACGUGGACAUGGACGUGGACGUGGACAUGGACGUGGACGUGGACGUGGACGUGGACGUGGACGUGGACGUGGACGUGGACGUGGACGUGGAAUGGACGUGGACGUGGACGUGGACGUGGACGUGGACGUGGACAUGGACGUGGACGUGGACAUGGACGUGGACGUGGACGUGGACGUGGACGUGGACGUGGACGUGGACGUGGACGUGGACGUGGACAUGGACGUGGACAUGGACGUGGACGUGGACGUGGACGUGGACGUGGACGUGGACGUGGACAUGGACGUGGACGUGGACGUGGACGUGGACAUGGACGUGGACGUGGACGUGGACAUGGACGUGGACGUGGACGUGGACGUGGACAUGGACGUGGACGUGGACAUGGACGUGGACGUGGACGUGGACGUGGACGUGGACGUGGACGUGGACAUGGACGUGGACGUGGACGUGGACAUGGACGUGGACAUGGACGUGGACAUGGACGUGGACGUGGACAUGGACGUGGACGUGGACAUGGACGUGGACGUGGACGUGGACGUGGACGUGGACGUGGACGUGGACGUGGACAUGGACGUGGACGUGGACGUGGACGUGGACAUGGACGUGGACGUGGACGUGGACGUGGACGUGGACGUGGACAUGGACUGGACUGGACGUGGACAUGGACGUGGACAUGGACGUGGACAUGGACGUGGACGUGGACGUGGACGUGGACGUGGACGUGGACAUGGACGUGGACGUGGACAUGGACGUGGACGUGGACGUGGACGUGGACAUGGACGUGGACGUGGACGUGGACGUGGACGUGGACGUGACGUGGACGUGGACGUGGACGUGGACAUGGACGUGGACGUGGACGUGGACAUGGACGUGGACGUGGACAUGGACGUGGACGUGGACAUGGACGUGGACGUGGACGUGGACGUGGACGUGGACGUGGACGUGGACGUGGACGUGGACGUGGAAAUGGACGUGGACGUGGACGUGGACUGGACGUGGACGUGGACGUGGACGUGGACGUGGAAUGGACGUGGACGUGGACGUGGACGUGGACAUGGACGUGGACGUGGACGUGGACAUGGACGUGGACUGGACGUGGACAUGGACGUGCGUGGACAUGGACGUGGACGUGGAUGGACGUGGACGUGGACGUGGACGUGGAAUGGACGUGGACGUGGACGUGGACAUGGACGUGGACGUGGACGUGGACGUGGACAUGGACGUGGACGUGGACAUGGACGUGGACGUGGACGUGGACGUGGACGUGGACGUGGACAUGGACGUGGACGUGGACGUGGACAUGGACGUGGACGUGGACGUGGACAUGGACGUGGACGUGGACAUGGACGUGGACGUGGACGUGGACGUGGACGUGGACGUGGACGUGGACGUGGACGUGGACGUGGACGUGGAAGUGGACCGUGACGUGGACGUGGACGUGGACGUGGACGUGGACAGUGGACGUGACGUGGACGUGGACGUGGACGUGGACAUGGACGUGGACGUGGACGUGGACGUGGACAUGGACGUGGACGUGGACGUGGACGUGGACGUGGACAUGGACGUGGACGUGGACGUGGACGUGGACAUGGACAUGGACGUGGACAUGGACGUGGACAUGGACGUGGACGUGGACGUGGACGUGGACGUGGACGUGGACGUGGACGUGGACGUGGACGUGGACGUGGACGUGGACAUGGACGUGGACGUGGACGUGGAAAUGGACGUGGACGUGGACGUGGACAUGGAUAUUGAAAUGGACGUGGACGUGGACAUGGACGUGGACGUGGACGUGGACGUGGACGUGGACGUGGACGUGGACGUGGACGUGGACAUGGACGUGGACGUGGACGUGGACGUGGAUGGACGUGGACAUGGACACAUGGACGUGGACGUGGACGUGGACGUGGACAUGGACGUGGACGUGGACGUGGACAUGGACGUGGACGUGGACGUGGACAUGGACGUGGACGUGGACAUGGACGUGGACGUGGACAUGGACGUGGACGUGGACGUGGACGUGGACGUGGACGUGGACGUGGACGUGGACGUGGACAUGGACGUGGACGUGGACAUGGACAUGGACGUGGACAUGGACAUGGACGUGGACGUGGACGAUGGACGUGGACGUGGACGUGGACGUGGACGUGGACAUGGACGUGGACGUGGACGUGGACAUGGACGUGGACGUGGACGUGGACAUGGACGUGGACGUGGACAUGGACGUGGACGUGGACAUGGACGUGGACGUGGACGUGGACGUGGAAUGGACGUGGACGUGGACGUGGACAUGGACGUGGACGUGGACGUGGACGUGGACAUGGACGUGGACGUGGACAUGGACGUGGACGUGGACGUGGACGUGGACGUGGACGUGGACGUGGACAUGGACGUGGACGUGGACGUGGACAUGGACGUGGACAUGGACGUGGACAUGGACGUGGACGUGGACAUGGACGUGGACGUGGACAUGGACGUGGACGUGGACGUGGACGUGGACGUGGACGUGGACAUGGACGUGGACGUGGACGUGGACGUGGACAUGGACAUGGACGUGGACGUGGACGUGGACGUGGACGUGGAAAUGGACGUGGACGUGGACGUGGACGUGGACAUGGACGUGGACGUGGACGUGGACGUGGACGUGGAAUGGACGUGGACGUGGACGUGGACGUGGACAUGGACAUGGACGUGGACAUGGACGUGGACGUGGACGUGGACGUGGACGUGGACGUGGACAUGGACGUGGACGUGGACGUGGACAUGGACGUGGACGUGGACGUGGACGUGGACGUGGACAUGGACGUGGACAUGGACGUGGACAUGGACAUGGACGUGGACGUGGACGUGGACGUGGACGUGGACAGGACGUGGACGUGGACGUGGACGUGGACAUGGAAUGGACGUGGACAUGGACGUGGACGUGGACGUGGACGUGGACGUGGACGUGGACGUGGACAUGGACGUGGACGUGGACGUGGACGUGGACAUGGACGUGGACGUGGACGUGGACGUGGACGUGGACGUGGACAUGGACGUGGACGUGGACGUGGACAUGGACGUGGACGUGGACGUGGACGUGGACGUGGUGGAGGACGUGGACGUGGACGUGGACGUGGACGUGGACGUGGACGUGGACGUGGACGUGGACGUGGACCUGGACGUGGACGUGGACGUGGACGUGGACGUGGACGUGGACGUGGACGUGGACAUGGACGUGGACGUGGACGUGGACGUGAAUGGACGUGGACGUGGACAUGGACAUGGACGUGGACGUGGACAUGGACGUGGACGUGGACGUGGACGUGGACGUGGACGUGGACGUGGACGUGGACGUGGACGUGGACAUGGACGUGGACAUGGACGUGGACGUGGACGUGGACGUGGACGUGGACGUGGACGUGGACAUGGACGUGGACGUGGACAUGGACGUGGACGUGGACGUGGACGUGGACGUGGACGUGGACGUGGACGUGGACGUGGACGUGGACGUGGACGUGGACGUGGACGUGGACGUGGACGUGGACGUGGACGUGGACUUGGACGUGGACGUGGACGUGGACGUGGACGUGGACGUGGACGUGGACAUGGACGUGGACGUGGACGUGGACGUGGACAUGGACGUGGACGUGGACGUGGACGUGGACGUGGACGUGGACGUGGACAUGGACGUGGACAUGGACGUGGACGUGGACGUGGACGUGGACGUGGACGUGGACGUGGACGUGGACGUGGACGUGGACGUGGACGUGGACGUGGACGUGGACGUGGACGUGGACGUGGACGUGGACGUGGACGUGGACGUGGACGUGGACGUGGACGUGGACGUGGACGUGGACGUGGACGUGGACGUGGACGUGGACGUGGACGUGGACGUGGACGUGACGUGGACGUGGACGUGGACGUGGACGUGGACGUGGACGUGGACGUGGACGUGGACGUGGACGUGGACGUGGACGUGGACGUGGACGUGGACGUGGACGUGGACGUGGACGUGGACGUGGACAUGGACGUGGACGUGGACGUGGACGUGGACGUGGACAUGGACGUGGACGUGGACGUGGACGUGGACGUGGACGUGGACAUGGACGUGGACGUGGACAUGGACGUGGACGUGGACGUGGACGUGGACGUGGACGUGGACAUGGACGUGGACGUGGACGUGGACGUGGACAUGGACGUGGACAUGGACAUGGACGUGACGUGGACGUGGACGUGGACGUGGACGUGGACGUGGACGUGGACGUGA